UAUCUAUGAGUCUCACAGCUGUGAUCAGAGUCCUUAUCCUCAAAUGACCUUGGUACAAUAAUUAACUAUAGAAAUGAUUAUAACAGCUAAGCUUAAUUAUUUAUCCUAACAUAACACUGAAUUGCAUAGACGCUGACAAAAGUCCAGACUGGAAGAUGGUGAGUUUGCAUGUUCUCACUAUGUCUGGGUGGGCUCUUUAGGUGGGCAUUCUGGUUUCCCCUAUCAACCCAAAACAUGCCCAAUUGCACACUAGCCCAAGAUCUGGAGACUGCUAACAAGUUGCCCCAGUAAUUUAAGGGUGCACUCCAAAAAGAUAACUCAAACUUACUUAAAUGAUUUUUUACAGUGGAUACUUUUUACUUUUACUUCAUUACAUUUGAGAGCAGGUAUCUGUAUGCUACUUUCUACUUCACUACAUUUCAGAUGGAUUGAAAAGUAAAAAGUGCCCUUUUUUCUGUUGAAAUGGCUAAUACAUUGAAAUUUAGAUAUUUUUGUAUCUUGACAAAACUGCGUUGUCUAGACCUUAAUGAAAAAAGUGCGGAUUCAACAAAACCCACAGAAUGGAUCUAUUCCUGUAAAUCACAUUUCAAAGUUUCCCUGUCCACUAAACCUGCUUGGGGGCUGUUUACUCCUCCUCCUUGUCCUGCCUCAAAGGGAAAUGAAGUGUUUCAGACAAACCCAAAGACAAAAUGGACCUCGCAGUGGAGGAAGUGAACCGCAAUAUGGACGAGCCCAGAAGAAUCGUGAUUUUGGGGAAAACAGGCUCAGGGAAGAGCAGUUCAUUAAAUACUAUACUUGGUCAAGAAGUAUUUGAAGUUUGUCAUUCGUCCGUCUCUGGUACGAGCCGGUGUCAGGCUCUCAGCAGACGGGCCCGAGGGAGGAACCUGCAUCUCAUCGACACUCCAGGUUUCUUUGACACAGACCCGAGAAGCACUGAGCUGAGUCCUGAGAUCCUAAAAUGUAGCGUACUAUGUGCUCCCGGGCCCCAUGCUUUCCUCAUUCUGCUGAAGGUGGAGCGGUACACGCGUCUGGAGCAGGCCGUGGUCGACACCAUUCUCACAUAUUUCACAGAUGACGCGCUCCGAUUUGCUACAGUGGUCUUCACUCAUGGACAGGACCUCCCGGCGGGCAAACGUAUUGAAGACUGGGCCAAUGAGAACUCCAGUCUCAGGGUGCUGCUACAAAAGUGUGGAGGCCGCUGUUUCGUGUUGGACAACAGAUACUGGAACAACAGCCAGGACCCGUACAGAAACAACCAGGCCCAGGUGGAGGCACUGCUACAGAAUAUCGACUACACAAUAUUACUUAACGGAGGUCGAUACUACACCAAUGGCAUGCUCGAACGCAUCUGGUAUUUCCUACAACAGGAGGCACAGGGCACCCGGCUGAAUCCAUCCAGAGGUGUCACAUUUUGGGAUGUCCUGAACAAAGCCAGAGAUGAGGUGUAUACAAAAAUGCUGAACAACAUGAGCGGUGUGGUGAUCGGGGUCUUGCUGGGUGCUCUGUUAGGGGUGGGGUUCAUGGUUGGGGUUGUGGCCGUAAAGACGACAGUGGGGAUGGUGGCAGGAGCAGCGGUGGCAGGGUCAGCAGGGGGCAUUACAGGGGCGUAUGUCUCAGAAUAUGGCAGACAGUGGAGCAAAUCACCCGAAGUCAAGGCAUUCCUGGACGAUCUUUCUAAAGUUCAUAUUGACAACUACAACCUGCACUGUCCAAACAGCACAUGUUCUCAACACUCCAAUGAACAUUAUUCUGAAGAAAAUAUUCAAAUGUCAAACUUGGACUUGCACUCUAUCUUUCUUUUUGUAGGUGAGAGCAGGAUUGUCCUUCUGGGAAAGACAGGAACAGGAAAAAGCAGUCUGGCCAACACAAUUUUUGGGGUUCAAGACUUGUUCACGGUUUCACAUAAAUCAAACUCUGAGACACCGGUCUGUAAAUCAGAAACAAGAAACAUCAACAAUAAAACCAUCACACUGGUGGACACUCCUGGAUUCUUUGACACCAACCCAAGAAGCAUUGAUCUGAGCCCUGAGCUACUGAGAUGUACAGAGGAGUGUGCCCCUGGACCUCACGCUUUUCUGCUGGUGCUCAAAGUGGACAGGUACACCAAACAGGAGGAGGCUGUUGUGGAUCUAAUGCUCAAGUACUUCUCUGAGGAAACUCUCAAAUACACUACACUGGUCUUCACUCAUGGUGCCCAGCUGGAAGAGGGGGUUACAAUAAAGGACUGGGCCAUAGAUAAUAGAGCCCUGAGCACCCUGAUUCAGAAAUGUGGAGGUCGCUGUCAUGUGUUUGAUAAUAAAUACUGGAAUAACAGCCAGGAUCCAUACAGGAACAACCAUCACCAAGUCAGAGAGCUGCUCAAGACCAUCGACCAAACUGUGCAGAGGAAUGGAGGGACAUACUACACCAAUGAAUUCCUGACAAUGAUUGAUAAUGAAAUUCAACAAGAGAUGAGUAAUCUUUCCACUUCAAGCAACCUGACCUGGGCGGAUAUUCAACAAAAAGCCAAAGAGGUGGUGUACAGUAAACUCAUGAGAAACAUGGAGGGUGCGUUGGUUGGGGCCUUGCUGGGGGCUUUUCUGGGAGUGGGAGUGAUGGUGGCUAUUGUAAAAAGAAGCUCUCCAGGCCUAUGGCAGUGUCUGGGUGCGGCAGUGAUAGGUGCAGGGGUGGGAGGGGUCAUAGGGGGCAUGGUGGGGGCCUGGGGGUCUGACAGGUGGAGCUCACCCACAGAGAUGGUCCAAGAUGGUGUGGAGUUCAUGACAGAAGUGGAGACACUAAUGACACGGACCAACAGCACACUCACUGCUGCGCGUAACAUAGCCAGUACACUCACUGGAGCCAGUGCAGCCACUGGAGCCAGUGCAGCCACUGGAGCCAGUGCAGCCACUGGAGCCAGUGCAGCCACUGGAGCCAGUGCAGCCACUGAAGCCAGUGCAGCCACUGAUGUCAGUACACCCAAUGGAGCCAGUGCACCCACUGGAGCCACUAAUAUAUAUCUAUGUGCAGUUAUGAAUAUUCACUUAAGAGUUCCAGGCCAGCUCAAGAAGUUGGACAUCGAGGGGAAAAUGCGCACACUCGUAAUGGAUGACCGCUGCGGGUACCCGGUGUUUUUCGAGUGCCCGGACCUGCUCCCGGGCCAGGAGAGGACGGUCGAGCGGUAUUUUCGUAACCGUCGUAAGUCCGGCGGAGGAGACAGUAGUCCGCUGCGAAAAGACGACAAGGGGGUCUACAGCAUUUUGUUCAAGCAGCAAAAAGAUCAACAUGAAGUUCUCCGUAGGAAAGAACACACGGUGGAGACUGGAAAUGCUUCACUCAAGUUUUCUGUCCGAGAAGCACAAGUGUCCCCCUCUUCCUCCCUCUCCUCCCCCUCCACCAGUGACAACCAGAGACCAGCUGAAGGACCAAAUGAAGUACCACCUGAAGCCAGUGGAUCCAAAUGUGCAACUACUACAAAGACCUAUACUGGCUCAAGUCUUCCUCCCAGUGGUGAAAAUUAUGAACUACAAGUGGACCGCUACCUCCUUCACUACCUAAAGGACUGCCUCAAAGCUCAGAAAUGGCUCCAUAAACAACUAGGACUUUUGAACUGCACUGCUGACCUGUACCCAGAAGAUGAGAGAGCUGUGGUGAGGAGGGGUGAUAGUCGCAGUUAUAGCGAUGACAACUGGAAAACAGAAAUUUCCACACUUUUUGAGAUGGUAAAAGAUCAUUACAUGUGUCACUUUGAAAUGGAUCCUCAUAAAAUACAACAGUUGCUCAGAUCAAGCAGCUCUCUAACCGAAGAUGACGUAAAAGUUUAUAGUGAUGUUGGAUUGGCUGUUGUAGUUGGAGAAAUCCCUCAGGUUAACGCUGUUUUGAACUUGCUGCAAGAAGAUUGCGAUUCCAAGACAAAGCGCUUAGUUUGGACACUUGGUGAGGCAAAAUUAAGGCUUUUGUGGAAUCGGAUUGAAAAUAGUUUGCAGCAAGAAUUCCCAAAGGUGGAAGUGUCUCGCGAAGAGGGAGGGCGGUUGGUUCUUACAGGCAAUGCAACAGCCGUACUCCAAGCAGAUGAGUUUAUUGCAGAUCUUGACAAUGAAGUGAUAGAAAAGACACUAUCUGAUUUCAAUCCAUAUUUUCUAGCCUUUUGUAAGAAAGCAUUGAGCAAAGCAGGAACUCUUGAUGAUUUUGUAGGAUUGGGCGUUGAAGUGGAAAUUGAAAUUAGAGAAACAGAUCUUCGACUUGUCUCCUUUUCCUCUUCAAGCUUGGAUGAAACUGAACAUGCGUUACACACAAAAUUUAAGAUAGAAGAGAUUCCUUUUGCGAACCUGUCAGAAAUAUAUUCAUUACGACAGAAAAUUAGACCAAUUAUAAUGAGAAUGAACCGUGACGCGUGCAGAGUGGAGGUGCUGGCUUCAUCUCAAAAUAUUAUUUGCCUAGUGGGUCACAUCAAAGAAGUUAAAGAGUUGUUUGAAAUUAUUACUCAAAUGAUAGGCAGAAUACAAGAAGAACAGGAGCCACCAGCAUUAGUAGAAGCGUCUCAUAGUAUUGACUUGAGUGAGAUUUCUCCAUCACAACAAAAAAUCUAUUCUGCGCAACUCAGAGAACAAAUGUCAUCUUUACACUUAGCUGAAGAAGCUCAAGUUGUGGCUAGCUAUGUUCUGAACGAAGAAUUGGAAGUUAUAGUUUGCCAGGGUGACAUCACGAAACAGGAAGCAGAUGCGGUGGUGAAUGCAGCCAAUGAGGACUUAGAACACAACGAGGGCGUUGCUUUGGCUCUGAGUAAAGCUGGCGGUCGUGAAGUGCAGGUCGAGAGCAGGUUUUUGGUUGAAAGUUAUGGAAAAAUCCAGAUAGGAGAAGCAGUCGUGACAAGCGGAGGUGAGUUAAAAUGCAAGAAGUUGAUACAUGCUGUUGGACCUAAGAAUAGCAAAGGAGAUGGAAGUGAGAAGGUAUUGAUAAAGAAAGCUGUGACCUCCGCUUUGGAUCUAUGUGAAAUAAUGGACUUCACUUCAAUAGUGUUGCCCUGUAUAAGUUCAGGCAGGUUUGGAAUCCCCGUGAAAUUGUGCGCCGAAGCUAUAGCGAGCGCUGUCCGGGCGUUUGGCGGAGUGGAGGGGCGGAGUUUGAAGAAGAUCACGCUGAUAGACAACAAGAAGAAAGUAGUGAGGGCGAUGAAGGAGGCGUGUGACAGGCUGAUCCAGGACUUACCGGCAGGGGGGGACAGUUCAGAUACAGAUGAAGCAAUGGAUUUAAAGGAGGAGACAGCUGCCACGCCCCAAGGAGACACUGGGGGAAGUGUGAAAGUCAACAUCCUCCAAGGCACCAUCGAGACACAACAGGUGGAUGCAGUGGUUUCUCCGAUGUGUGGUGGUAGCCCUCUCUCCACUCGAGUUGGGAACUGUUUAUAUCAAGCAGUUGGAUCACAGCUCACAGAGAGUUACUCCAAACAAGAUGGCGGAGAAAUGCCUGGGGACUCUGUGCUGGUGGAGGGUUUGAGAGGAGCCAUGUUUAACGCUGUGUUUUUUGUCCAUCUCCUCCAAUGGGACAAUGAUCCUGAUGGAACAGCAGAGCAGGUGAUGAGGCUGGCUGUUGGUAAUGUUCUAUCCUCAAGUGAGAGCCAGGGGUUUUCUUCAGUGGCAUUCCCAGUUCUUGGUGCCGGAGUGGUCCUUGGUUUUCCGGAGGAAGUCGUGGCGCAGGUCCUUCUGGAAGAAAUCCACAACUUUGACCAAAGACGAACCAGCAGAACUCCAUUUACAGUCAACAUUGUCUGCCAUCCAAAUGACCACAUGACAGAAAAGACUUUCAACGUCACCCAGUCAUCUUUGAAGCAUCCUGUUGCCCAAGACUCAGAGUCAAAGCGGAUUAUCCUUCUGGGAAAAACUGGAUCGGGGAAGAGCAGUUUGGGGAACACCAUUUUGGGAGAGGACUUUUUUAAAACUGACGACACACCCAACUCCGGGACGAAAAAAUGCCAAUCCAAAACCAAAACAGUCAACGGUAAAAACAUCACCAUCAUUGACACACCUGGUUUGUUUGAUUCGGAGCGUUCAGAGGAGGAUCUUAGGCCAGAGAUCCUAAGCUGUCUUACAGAAAGCACUCCAGGCCCCCAUGCUUUUCUUAUUGUAUUAAAAGUUGAAAAAUUCACAGUGCAAGAGCAAGCUAUCAUCACCAAAAUUUGCCAAUACUUUUCCGAAGAAGCCUUAAAGUACGCUACUGUUGUCUUCACCCAUGGCAAUCAACUUCCUCCAGGCAUGAAUAUUGAAACAUUUAUCAAACAAAACAAAAGGCUGACGGAGCUAGUCCAAAAAUGUGGAAAUCGUUGCCAAGUUGUUGAUAACAUGUAUUGGAAUGCUAACCAGUCAGACCCGUACAGGAGCAACCAACUUCAAGUAGAUGCGUUGCUCGAAACUAUUGACCAAAUGGUAAAAUCAAACAACUGGGGAUGUUACUCCAAUAAGGCAUUCAAAGCUUUGGAGAAAGAUAUUGAGAAGGAGAUGGAAGUAGUUAGCAAAGAAUCAGACGCAUCUACUCCGCCAGAAGAGAUCCGAAAACAAGCUAAAGAUCGCGUUUCGAAACGGUGGUUGAUCAGUCUCGCAGGUAUCGGCACGGGAGCAUUACUGGGAGCUGUUUUUGGUGUUGAAGCAUUGGUUAGACUAGUUGUCACGGCUGUUCAAAAUCCAGUGGUCGUGAAAAGAGUGCAGAGUCUAGCAUCAAGAGUAGGGUUAUCCAUGGAGCUAAGUGCAGUGUUGGGUGCUGGAGGGGCAGGAGUAGGGCUGGUUGGGCUGGCUGGAGGUAUUUACGGAGGGGUAAUUGGAGGCAGAGCAGCAGAUGAAGCCAAUUCAGUGCAAGAGGCUUAUGAGAGGGCUAUGAAGGCAGUAACAAGCACAAGGGACGGGCAUCUAAAAUCUCUGGAUGAGUACAGUAAAGGUCUUUAAAAGGCCUAUAUUACACAGAACUGACACUUGUGAGCUGUGUUACCUCAUCAAAAACAGACCUGGAGUUGUGUUUUGUUUCAUUCACAAAUAUUUGAGUAAUUCUAGUCUGUCUACAUCUCCAAAGCUCAAAAUGCUCUGUUCCAUCUAGUGAUGUCAUGUGGUGGUGGUUUUCAAGUUAACAGCUACCUUUUACUUUUAGUUUAGUAAGGCACUUCCUGUAUUACCACAUGACAUCACAAGGUGGAGUUCAGUUUGUGAGAAGAGCUCAGUCUAAAUAUGCAGGGUUUGUGUGUUUAACAUGUGUGAAUGAAACAAAACACAACUCCAGGUUUGUGUUUGAUGAAGAAACAACAACAUUAAAACACAGAGCAGAAAAUAGCGUAAUAUGGGCCUUUUAAAGGUACACUGCGUAACUUUUCUGGUGGAAAAUGAGCAUCACCUGCUUGUCUCCAUGGAGAUGUUAUUAGCAGUCAUAGGACUUUCAGCUCUUUUAUCAGGAUCAGAAUCCUCCACCAGAAAAGUUACGCAGUUUAGUUCAGAAUAAAGUGUAAUCAUGUUCUCAUUUCUAAUCAAAAACAUAUUAUGAGUUCUGUUUGGUUUUAUUGUAUUCAGCUUCUGGGUUCUUAAUAUUUUUCUUUCAUUCAAAUGUUAUUUUUACUAAUGCAUCGAAAAUAAACAUAAACUUAAGUAUGUAUUGCACAAAAAGUGUAUAGGCUUUACAAUUAAAGAGGGAGUAUAUAGAAUGGGGGUUCUGUGGGGUAUUAACUUAUAAAACAAAUAUAGCAUUUUCAAAACAAUAAAAGGUAACAUAGUGAUCUAAAUAGGUUAUGUAUUAGCAGUUAAUACCUCACAGAAGUGUAAUACUCCCUCUUAAAUUUUUCUUUAAAAUGCUUCUUUUGCACAGUAAUUGUGUUUACUUUGACAUUAUUAGAACUGAUUCAAGGGAGUGGGUUGUUUUGUUUUUAAUGUUCCUACUCCACUUUUUAACUACAUUCUUAAGAGGAUAUAAUCAAAACUUAACGUAUUGAUACUUUGCAGUGACGUCUUGCUGGGGGUGUUCUCCACGUAUCUCCAAUGGUGAAAUGUUUUGGAGUUACUGUGGUAUCACAAUGCACACACAUUAGCAAACACACACAGACAUUUUCAGGAGCCUGUGAUCAAUACAAGCGUUCAUGGCCCUGUUUAGGUGUUUGAUUUUCAACAAAAAUUUUGAACAUGAGUAACUGAAAAACUGGAGAUUGAGAUAGAGCUGUUUCACUAAUGAUCAUAUAAUAGCAAUGAUUUCAUGAUGUAAUGGUCACAUAUUAUGCAAAACUGACUCUUUUGAGAUUUAAGUUGUGUUAUAAUGUUGUUACCUCCUCAAAAACAGACCUGGAGUUGUGUUUUGUUUCAGUCAUACGUUUGAGUAAUCCUGCAUUAUUAGUCUGUCUACAUAUCCAAAGCUCAAAAUGCUCUGUUCCAUCUUGUGUAGUAGUAGUCAGAGGUGGGGACUCGCAAGUCGUGACUUGGACUUGAGUCAGACUUGAGUCACUAUUUUUAAGAUUUGAGACUUGACUUGAUAAAAUGGACUAAGACUUGGGACUCGACUUGGACUUGAAGGUCAAUGACUUGAGACUUGACUCGGACUUGAGCUCUGUGACUUGAGAAGACUUGAUGCUUCUCCUAAAAAAAAAUAUGUCUUUUAGAAAAUAUUUUCUCUUCACAGUUGAUACAAGCAAUGCUUAAUUUUACAGGAACAAACUGGAACAUGUCCCUCCCACUUUCUGUUUGUUACUUUGGAUGUAAUUGAAGUACUGUGAGAUCCUCAAAUGCACUACAGUAAUAUACAGUACAAUGCAGUAAAACAGAGGGUACUACAUAGAACAUGAUCCUUCCAUUUCAGUGCAGACUACAUGACAAAAUAACUGUUAUUAAACACUUUUUGAUUUCUUUUUAUUCUGACUAGUGAUUCACACUAAGAUCUGGUCAAUACAUUUAAAAAGGAAAAUUUUGCAUUUCUACAACUCUUAUAUAAAUACUCCUAAAUAUACCAUGACAUUUUAAGUACAAUUUAAGUCAGAUAAAUUGCAAAAAUCUAAGCUAUAUUUGGUACUUUGGUGUAAAGACUUGAAAUGACUUGAAGCUCAAAGCAGACGACUUGGACUUGACUUAGACUUAUGGGCCUGUGACUCGAGAAUCGACUUGGCUGUAUUUGACUUGGGACUUGACUCGGACUUGAGGUCAAAGACUUACUUGAGAUUUGCAAAACAAGGACUUGGUCCCAUCUCUGAUAGUAAUGUUCAAGUUAACAGAUACUCUUUACCUUUAUUUUCAGUACAUUGGCAAUUCCAGAUCUGAAAUAAUUCAAAUGAUUCUAGUGAAGGUGUAUGAAGUUUAAAAAUACAGUUGAGCACUUCCUGUAGUACCACAUGACAUCACAAGGUGGAACAGAUUGUUUUCUGUUGGAGAACUGACAAAACAACAGAUUAGAAAAUAGCAUAAUAUGGAUCCUUUAAAGAAUUAUUGCGCUCUACCUCAAACUGUAGUGGUUCUAAGAAUCAUUGGAACAUAUUUUUGAAUUGUCUGAAAAACAUGGUGCAGAAAUGGUUUUGUAUCUCCUCUAAAUGUUUUCAGUUGUAUCAACUAUGUAUUAUGACAAUAAAGGUGAUGGUGCUUCCUUA